UAAAAGAUGGCGAUUCGGACGGGCAGCGAGCAGUGAUUUGUUUUGGUCCGGUAGCGAAAUUUGCGUGAUUUUCUCCCGCGGAACGGAGCCCGAAAAGAGUAAAAAUUGCGUCAAAGCAUGAACUAGCGCUUACCUGUUUGAGUCGCAGCAACAGCAAGCCGAAAAUGUCCCGCGCCAAGUCACGAAUCCAGGCGGAAACCUGCGGCGAUUGUGGCUGCUCAGAUCCCUCCUGGGCUUCGAUCAACCGAGGCAUUUUGCUGUGUGCGGACUGCUGCUCGAUUCAUCGUAGCCUCGGGCGCCACAUAUCCCAUGUCAAAUCCCUACGCCAGGGAAGCUGGUCUCCGUCGGUUCUAACGUUCGUUAAUCAGCUCAACAGUCACGGGGCCAACAGCGUUUGGGAGCACCUGUUAUUGGACUCGGUUGCACCGAAAAAUCUGAAACGAAAGCCAACGGCCAAGGAUCCGCUCCAUCCAACCAAGGCAGAUUUCAUCCGUGCCAAACAUGUCAAUCUUUCGUACGUACUGAAGCCAACUCUAGACGAAGGAGUGAAUUUGGAAGUGGAACUGAGCAAACAGUUGCACGCCAGCGUUCGAUCUGGCAAUUUGGAAACCAGCUUGAGACUGUUGGUUCAGGGUGCCGAUCCUAAUUUCUUCCACGAUGAGAAAGGAUCCACACCGCUACAUGUAUCUGCCCGGUCGGGGCAACUAUUGCAAAUGGAACUGCUAUUGGUGUACGGGGCGGACGUGAAUGCACUCGAUUCCCAGGGAAACACUCCCCUGGACGUGGCGAAAGCUUGCAAGCAGACCGCCAUCACCGAGCGGUUGGUAGAGGCUAUGUACGAAGUUACGGAUCGUUUGAGCUAUUUCCUAACGGGAAAGAAACCGGAUCAUGCGUCCGGCCAUCACCUGCUCAUUCCAGACCAAUCGAAGAAGGAAAUCAGCGAACAGUUGAAAAUUGCCCGAGGAAAGCUGCAGUUGGUUCCGAAUCGAAUGUUCGAAGAACUGGUGAUGGAUUUGUACGAUGAAGUGGACCGCCGGGAAACGGAAGCCAUCUGGGCUACCAGUUCGCUUAAUCCGGAGAUCGGUGCCGUGCCGUUUCUUCCCACGAAUCCUCAUCUGAGUGCUACAAGAAAUCAGGGUCGUCAAAAGUUGGCCCGCUUCAGCCAGCAGGAAUUUUCCGGGCUGAUUAGUGAUGUCCUGAUCGAUGCCCGCCGUCGUCAGAAUAUGGCCAACCUGCGUCCGAUUGAUUCCGCUCCGCUAUCGGUAACGUUGGCGCAGCUGAAGAACACGGCCAGCGUCACGGGCACCGCCGCCAGGGAAUCGAACCUCUCGGACGAUGAACCGCUGUACGAUGCGGUUGCAUCCGACGAUGAUUACGCCGCGUUGGCACCGGUGGCGCAACAGGCACUGGUAAACAAGUCACCACCCAGUGUUGUCUCGAACGUCGAAGUCGAAACCCUCCGGCAGAAGCUGCAGGACCAAGAAUCGACCAUAAACGAGCUUCGCGAGUUGAUACAAAAGCUGGCCAGCGAAAACAACCAACUCAAGUCCCACAUAGACUCUAAGGAAUAUGAUGUGCAAUUACGAAUCGACGGUCACCUAAACGGAUCCUCCGUGGGCGAUCCAGAGGAAGUGGAACCAGUAUCCGACGGUCGCCAGUACUAUAAACGCCCGGCAAGUAUGUACGAAGCAAGGCAGCUACCGCGGGACGAAAAUCGUCCUCCGAUCACCCAAAGCCUAUACUCGAUGACUCCGUUGGCCAACAACAAUAACACCCCGGCCGGCGGUGCCAGCAUGAACACCAGUGCCGGCUCGGAUCUAAACACCUCUGGCGCCACAUCUGUAGGCGGUAGCCAAGCGCAGCUACCUUUGUUCGAUGAAGUUAAAAAACGUACCGAUUUGGUGGCCAGACGCAUCAAAGAACUGUUCGCCUCGAUGCAAGACCUCUCCAAAACGGAUGCAUUUGUAUUGUGUGCCGAACGGAUACGGGUGGCGGUGGCUGAACUGAUUGCCAUCUUCCCGGCGACGAUGCGCGAGGAGACUCUCCGGAAUGCACUCAAACAGUUAAACUAUAACACCAAUCUGAUCCAGACUGAAUGCGCCCGGCUGCAACGAUCGUUCGCCGAGGAUAGUAGCCAGUCGGUGCUGUCCGAUAGCAUUAAGCAGAACAUGGAGCAGGUUCGGGGUUGUGCGUACGAUUUGGCCAUGUCGACCAAAAUUUUGAUUACACAUUUCCAACAAUCCUAAUCCUAGUUGGAAAGAACGGUGGAACAAGAUUUCCUAGCACGACAAAUACCACGAUAUUUAUGAAGGACCAAUUAGCAUGCGCUACUGCAACAUUAGCAAUCUAGACAAAGACAAUCGAACAUUUUCUUUUGUUCUACAAACUCAACAAUAUUUCGUACCCAGACAUACUAGCAUACAGUAAUUAUUGAAGCAAAGAAAAAACAAGUAUUUUUACAGUGUCACUACAUACUCUGGAUAACAGUGUUGUUUGCCGAAUGUGCCAAAUUACCUUUUUUUUUUUGUUUAACUAGCAAAGUAUUUUUUUAACAAUAUUCUACGGAAACUACAUUUUUACUACCAAUGUAUUUAAUGAUUAUAUAAUUAUGAAUUUUAAUUUUUAACUGAAUGUAUCGUCUUAGUAUAGAUAACUUAUUUGUUUUUAAAACCCGUUGGAUUCACGAGAGCACGCAUACUAACGUCAAUCAAAUCCAUUCAAGUGUUGUAUCUGUGAAGACCACCGUAUAAACGUGAGAGAACUAUCAAAGUAACCAUCAAGCUUGCUAGUUCACCUUUUUUGUUCAAAUAUAAGACUGACUUACGGCUAAUAUAGAGCUGUCAAAGCUUUAUAUUAACCGUAUAUCCGCUUUAUAUUGCAAAAAAGGCAAAUUAACGGGCUUGUUGAUUACUUGGGUAGGUCCUUAAAAUGUGUGAGUAUUUUUUAACGUGCAGUGUGGUUUCGUAAUUUAAGCCCAGUUUAUAGAAAUGACAAACAAUAUUAAACUUCAACUAGCGACAAUAAAUGUUUACUACUCAUAA